AUGAAGGUUUUCUCGUCGCUCUUCGUCGUUCUCAUGGCCGUCAUCAUGAUCGGAUCCAUGGUCUCUGUCGAGGCCAACCCCCGUCUUGGAGCCAAAAGCAGCAGACUACCCACCCCUUCCACCGACCAACAUCCCCUGCAAGAGUAA